AUGCUAGGUAUACGCAGUCUAGGUAUACGCAGUCUAGGUAUACGCAGUCUAGGUAUACACUGUCUAGGUAUACGCAUAGGUAUACGCAGUCUAGGUAUACGCAGGCUAGGAAUACGCAUGCUAGGUAUACGCAGUCUAGGUAUACGCAGUCUAGGUAUACGCAGUCUAUGUAAACGCAGUCUAGGUAUACGCAGUCUAGGUAUACGCAGUCUAGGUAUACGCAGUCUAUGUAUACGCAGUCUAGGUAAACGCAGUCUAGGUAUACACAGUCUAGGUAAACGCAGUCUAAGUAUACGUAGUCUAGGUAAACGCAGUCUAGGUAUACGCAGGCUAGGAAUACGCAUGCUAGGUAUACGCAGUCUAGGUAUACGCAGUCUAGGUAUACGCAGUCUAGGUAUACGCAGUCUAGGUAUAUGCAGUCUAGGUAUACACAGUCUAGGUAUACACAGUCUAGGUAUACGCAGUCUAGGUAUACACAGUCAAGGUAAACGCAGUCUAAGUAUACGUAGUCUAGGUAAACGCAGCCUAGGUAUACGCAUUCUAGGUAUACGCAGUCUAGGUAUACGCAUGAUAGGUAUACGCAGUCUAGGUAUACGCAGUCUAGGUAUACGCAGUCUAGGUAUACGCAGUCUAAGUAUACGCAGUCUAGGUAUACGCAGUCUAGGUAUACGCAGUCUAGGUAUACGCAGUCUAGGUAUACGCAGUCUAAGUAUACACAGGGUAGGUAAACGCAGUCUAGGUAAACGCAGUCUAGGUAUACGCAAAUGUAUAAGCAGUCUAGGUAAACGCAGUCUAUGUAUACGCAGUCUAGGUAUACGCAUUCUAGGUAUACGCAGUCUAGGUAUAAACAGUCUUGGUAUACGCAGUCUAGGUAUACACAGUCUAGGUAUACACAGUCUAGGUAUACACAGUCUAGGUAUACGCAGUCUAGGUAUACACAGUCUAAGUAUCUAGGUAUUCACAGUCUAGGUAUACGCAGUCUAGAUAAACGCAGUCUAGGUAUACGCAGUCUAGUUAUACGCAGUCUAGGUAUACGCAGUCUAGGUAUACGCAGUCUAGGUAUACGCAGUCUAGGUAUACCCAGUCUAGGUAUACGCAAGAGUAUAAGCAGUCUAGGUAAACGCAGUCUAUGUAUACCCAGUCUAGGUAUACACAGUCUUGGUAUACGCAGUCUAGGUAUACGCAGUCUAGGUAUACGCAGUCUAAGUAUACACAGUGUAGGUAU